CUAUUCAAGAUACCUACGUUGUAGAGAGUCACACCAGACAAUGCCAAACUGACGAAAAAAGUACAAUAAACUCAACACCAACAACGAAAGUAUUCCAAUUAAUGGCACCAAAAAGCAAACACAAUGACAGUGAACGAUUCAAUACAAGAAAAGAAGA